GCUUCCGCUGUGCCACCACGGCCACUACUUCUCUCCUGCUGCUAGAAGCUUCUGGAAUCUGGGGCCGACGCGAUGGCGGCGCUGGUGCGGCCCGCCGUACUGCCCGUCUGCGCCAUGAGGAGCGGCGGGGGAGACGGCGGUAGCGGCAAGCUGGCGCCGGGGCAGCAGCGGUCGUGGUGGGGCGGGAGCAAGCAGCGGCUGCCGCACCAGCCGCGGCGGCAGCCGGGCGGGAACGGGGGGCGAGGAGGCGCGCUGGACCAGGUGCUGGGAGUGCUCCGCCGCGACGGCGAGUUCCUCCAGGCCGCGGCCGGCGCCCCGCUCCGCGACAUCUUCUGGCUCCGGUUCCUCGAGAAGAAGCAGCGGCGGAAGCAACCGAAGCCCAAACCUAAACCCCCGGAGCAGCAGCAGGAGGAGGAGGAGGCUGCGGCGGCGCCUCGCCAAGGCCCAUCCGUCCCACCUCCGUCUUAUCCGCCAGGAUUAUCAUGCCUGGAGCUGAUGGCGGCUGAUUUCGAAGCCCUCAAGCUGUAUAUCGGCUACUCGAAGCAUGCAAUCGAGCAACGAUUUCUCGGAACUAAGGGGCAACCUCAACACCAGGAACCUCCUAAACCAAAACUCAAGCAGAAGCAGAAGCAGCAGCAGCACGAAGAACAACAAGAGGAGAAGUACCAGACACUUCAACCUCCGGCUUUCCCUCCCCCCUCCUACCCUCCAGGUUUGUCUUGUAUGGAGCUGAUGAGGGCUGAUGUCGAAGCUCUCAAGUUGUAUAUCAACUACUAUGUAGCCAUUCUCACCACUCCUCUACCCCAGCAUUACGAUCCAGAGCUCCUCUCUCGUUACUUCACCUCGCGUCCUCAUAUUCUUGCCUUUCGCACCAUUCAGAUAAUCUUCGCAUUUGUCUCGGGUGCAGUAAAGAUGCAAAUUUCCAAAAGAGCAAACUUGAUCACAGAUGCCACCAACAGUGGCAAUAGCAUCAGAAGCAAAGGUUUUGAUGCUUCACAAUACAUGUUUGGCCAGCUUCUCAAAGAGACAUUUCUAGAUCUUGGGCCUACUUUUGUUAAAGUUGGACAGUCCCUCUCAACAAGGCCUGAUAUCACAGGCUCAGAGAUUUCUGAGGCACUUGCUGAGCUACAUGAAAAAGUUCCUCCCUUCCCAAGAGAAGAUGCAAUGAAAAUCAUUGAGGGAGAAUUUGAGCUCCCUGUAUCGCAUAUUUUCAGUUACAUUUCUGAUGAACCUGUUGCUGCAGCUUCUUUUGGACAGGUUUAUCAGGGACGUACAAUUGAUGGUGCUCUUGUGGCCAUAAAGGUUCAACGGCCAAACCUUCUUCCUUCAGUAUUGAGGGACAUCUAUAUUCUACGCCUUGGGCUUUCUUUUGUGAGGAAGAUAGCAAAGAGGAAAAGCAACAUUGCCCUCUAUGCUGAUGAAUUGGGUAAAGGUUUUGUUGGCGAGUUGGACUACAAUAUUGAAGCUGCUAAUGCUACCAAAUUCCUGGAAUUUCAUUCCAGAUAUUCAUUUAUGAUGGUUCCAAAGGUUCUCAGACAACUUACUAGGAGGAGAGUUUUGACAAUGGAGUGGGUAUCUGGUGAAAACCCCACAGAUCUGCUCUCUUUGUCUAAAGGAAUUUCGUCAGAAAUUGCUGAAUCAUCAAAGAAGCAGAACAUCGAAGCAAAAGGCCGUCUUCUUGACCUGGUAAACAAAGGUGUCGAAGCAUCAUUAGUUCAGCUCCUUGAGACUGGUCUGUUGCAUGCUGAUCCUCAUCCUGGGAAUUUGCGUUAUACACCUGAAGGUCGUGUCGGGUUUCUUGAUUUUGGUUUGCUUUGCAUGAUGGAGAAGAAACAUCAGAAUGCUAUGCUUUCAAGUAUCAUGCACAUAGUAAAUGGAGAUUGGGCUUCUCUUGUUUAUGAUUUGACUGAAAUGGAUGUUGUUCCACCAAGAACUAAUCUACGCCGAGUGACCAUGGACUUGGAGGAUGCGUUGGGCGAGGUAACCUUUGAAGAUGGAAUUCCAGAUGUCAAGUUUAGUAGGGUGCUUGGAAAGAUUUGGUCUGUGGCAUUUAAGUACCAUUUCCGUAUGCCGCCAUACUACACGCUCGUCCUGAGGUCACUUGCAUCUUUGGAAGGGCUGGCCAUUGCAGCAGAUGGAACUUUUAAAACAUUUCAAGCAGCAUAUCCAUAUGUUGUUCGGAAGCUUCUAUCUGAUAAUUCAGUUGCAACAAGGAGACUCUUGCAUCAGGCUAUCUUCAACAAAAGGAAAGAAUUUCAGUGGCACAAGAUUACGGCAUUUCUGAAAUUAGCAUCAGCAAGGAGUAACUUCAGGUAUAACACUGCUGUUUUGCCCGAGAGGAAGGGUUUGGAUGUUGCAGAACUUGUAGAGAUCAGCAAUGCAUCUUCACUUGAUCUUAACCAUGCUACACCAGAAAAGGCACUACGUGCUGCAAAUUUGUGCUUGAGGCUUUUCCUAGCAAAGGAGAGCAUUGUGAUAAGGAGACUUAUAAUGACAGCGAAUGCAAAGUCGCUUGCUCAUGACCUGAUUUCCAAAGACGCAUCAGUUUUCCGGGUGCUCAUAAGUCGGGUUCUUGCCGAUGUCAUCUACCAGUGGAUGGUGAAGGCAAGUGGCUUUAAACGAGCCGGACGGCUCGAGCCUCAUCCACGCAUGGCUACAGGGAAUGAUGCAGACCAGAGGCUGUCAAAGGAUGCACCAGCCUUGGUGACGUUCCAGACAGCAGUAAGAGAUCGCAGGCUGAGGGUAAUAUUCUCCAAGUUCGUUAGGGACAUAAGAGAGGAUCCCAUCCUGAUGAUCAGAGUCAGCUGGAACGUGCUCGCAAUCUCGGUCGUCUCCGCUGCGAUUGGAGUUCACCAUUUUAUCGUCUUCUUGUCGGAGGAAUUUCUGACCGCAUUGCCGCCGCCUGUGCGUCCGCCGCGGCUGGUUCAGAUCCAGGGUUUAUGAGCAGUACGUCAGCACAAGAUGCUUUUUACUGGGUAACCAGUAGCUGUAUAUAAUCGUUGUCAGGAGCAGAACCAUCCGUACUGUAGCUGACAGUAGUGUCUAGUUCUUCGUAAUUUUGUCUUCUACUAAUUACUUGUAUAUUAUUGAGGCUUUCUUUGAACACGAAGUUAUUCUAGAGAAAUUUCGCGUGAAUUGAACUGAUUGUUGUGAAAAUACUGCAAAAUUUUACUUUAUAAGAUAAGAUGUUU